GUGAGGGGAGAACUCGGAAAGGCCCCAUGGUCGUUCUGUAAAUCUUCGCCGUUUUUGUGAGGAGAGCGUGUGAGAGGGGCAGAAGCAAGACGGCUUUUUUGGAAAAGGCUGAGAUUUAAUUCUCGGCUGGGAUUUGGACCGCAUUAACAACGGACGGUUCGUUUCCAAAGGGAGGAAAAAAGCCGAAGAAACUUUUGUGCGUUCGGAUCUGACUGGAUCCGGCACGCUAUACCUUAGAUCGGCUUCCCCCAUAAAGUCUGCCCAAACUUCACCCCCGAUAUCCCAUCGGAGACAUCUCAGGGGCCAUGUAUUCGUGGCAUGGAUGGGCGAUUCUUUUACUAACUUUCAUUUCCGUUUGUGCAGUGUCCGCACAAAGGAGCCGUGAUCGAUCAGAUAUAUAUCCACCUCCCGAGUACAGUCCGGAAUGUCAGCGGAGGUGUUCCAGCUCAGGUUGUAGAUGUAUAGGAGAAAAAGGCUCAAGGGGUGCUCCAGGGUCAAUAGGACCUAUGGGCCCUCAGGGAAAUCAGGGCUUUCCAGGACCAGAGGGUUUAUCAGGACCCAAGGGAGAGAAGGGUAGCCCCGGACCUACUGGGCCAUCUGGGCCUAAGGGUGACAGAGGUAAAAUUGGUGUCCCUGGUUUCCCAGGCGCAAAUGGAUAUCCAGGAAUUCAAGGCCCUGAUGGUCCACGUGGUCCUCCUGGUUUGGAUGGUUGUAAUGGAACAGAUGGCACACCUGGCUCCCCGGGUUUACCUGGGACCCCUGGACCCAGAGGACCCCCUGGAUUACCUGGUAACCCUGGUAUGAAAGGCGACCCAGCUUACGGUGGUGUGCGAGGAGAACCGGGAGAACCAGGUCUGGAUGGAUUGCCUGGAAGUCCAGGUUUGCCUGGUCGGGAUGGAUUCCCUGGCCCUAAAGGGGAUUCUGGUCCACCUGGAUUACCUGGUCUGCCUGGUUUAUCUGGCCCACCAGGUAUGAAGGGUAACAUGGGUGUGGUGUUUCAAGGAGAACCGGGUGAACGGGGUCCUCCUGGCCCCCCUGGACCCCCGGGAGUAGCAUUACCCCUAGAAACACCUAACAACUCUAUCGCUGGACCCAAGGGAAGCAGAGGCAUGAAGGGAGAGCGGGGCACACCUGGCUUGCCGGGUCCAAGAGGGUUUGAAGGACAGCCAGGACUUCCAGGUUUACCUGGAGCUCCAGGAAUGAAAGGAGAGAAGGGUGUGCCAGGCAUUGCUGGACCUAGGGGUAAAGAAGGUUUCCCCGGUCAGCCAGGUAUCCCUGGAAUGAAGGGUGAACGAGGCUACCCAGGUGAUGAUGGAUUUAACGGUGAAAUCGGCAUGAAGGGAGAGAGAGGUUACCCAGGGAGAGAUGGUCCCACUGGACCCACUGGACCCCCUGGACCGUCAGGGGAGCAGAUCCGUGGUCCACCUGGCCCACGUGGCCCACCUGGUCUCCCCGGACUUCCCGGAUCCCCUGGUGAUGAUGGUCGCCCUGGGUUACCUGGCCCACAGGGUAAUGACGGGCGUCCAGGCGGACCAGGAGUACCUGGGCCACCAGGCCCACAAGGUUUGGACGGCCCACUUGGAGAGAAGGGAGAUAGAGGAUUGCCAGGCUUACCUGGUCUUGACGGUCUUGUGGGACAGCCCGGUACGUAUGGACCUAAGGGUGAACCAGGGUUCCCAGGUGAACCCGGUUUGUCCAUCCCCGGAGAACCUGGGCGAGAUGGUGCCCCAGGUAGAGAUGGCGUACCUGGUCAGAAGGGCGAUUCUGGUUUACCUGGUGCCCCUGGUCUACCUGGCGACACACCUGAUGGAGUUCGUGGCCCCCCAGGUGUUCCUGGAGAGAGAGGAGAGAAGGGAUUCCCUGGACGCCCUGGCAGGGAUGGUUUGCCAGGGUUACCUGGUCUGAAAGGUGAUCGAGGUGGCUCUUGUUUGGACUGCCGCCCAGGUGUGAAGGGAGAGAAGGGUUUCCCUGGUCUGGAUGGCCCACCUGGUCCCGCAGGUCCCCGUGGCAACCCUGGGGAUAAGGGAGAGUCUGGCGUACCUGGAUUUGAUGGCCCACCUGGAUUACCUGGCCUACCCGGAUCACCUGGAGAGCCAGGUCAGCCAGGGUUCCCCGGGGACAAGGGUGACAAGGGAGAGAGGAUUAGAGUGGAGGAUAUCCCCGUAGUUUUACAAAAGGGUGACCCCGGUGUGGCUGGAAGCCCAGGAUUACCCGGCCUGCCAGGAAGUAUAGGACCCCAGGGACCCCCAGGUGCACCUGGUUUCCCAGGACAACCAGGCGAGAAGGGUUUGCCCGGCCCAUCUGGUAUAGAUGGUCGACCUGGAGAGUCUGGUCGUCCUGGCUUCCCUGGGGAGAAGGGUGACCCAGGCUUUAGCUAUCCAGGCCCUGCUGGAGAGCGUGGAGAGCCAGGCCUACCCGGUCUGCCGGGUGCCCCAGGUCGCGACGGACAAAAGGGAGAGCCAGGUCUGAUUGCACAGACACUGCCCAGUAAGGGCUCGAAAGGAGAGGUGGGUCCAGCAGGUGUGCCCGGAUCACCUGGUCUGGAUGGAUUACCCGGCAUCAAGGGCAACCCAGGUGUACCUGGUCGCCCAGGAGUGGAUGGCUUAGCCGGUAUGAAGGGAGACAGUGGUCUACCUGGCUUACCUGGAACCCCUGGUCCAAGAGGUUUUACUGGUCCACGGGGAGACAAGGGAGAGCCUGGUUUACCUGGGCCAUCUGGAUUGCCAGGGCUGAAAGGAGACGGAGGCUUACCAGGACUGCCUGGUCUGGCAGGUAUUAAAGGAGAGCCAGGGUACCCAGGAGAGGGCGCCCCGGGCAGGAAAGGUGAACCAGGUCCCAUCGGCUUCAAGGGAGAUCCGGGUCUGCCAGGAAGGCAGGGUUCUGACGGUCCCCCAGGACUGCCAGGCGUAUCAGGAUUCAAGGGAGAGCCAGGACGCGCUGGACUGCCAGGUCUCCCGGGGCCAGCUGGCCGUAAAGGAGAACCUGGCUUCCCAGGUCAGGAUGGAUUGCCGGGACCACAGGGGCCCAAGGGACUGCCAGGAAUACCAGGUUCCCCAGGUUUCAAGGGCGAGCCGGGACUGCCAGGGCUGCCAGGACUCAGUGGGCCAAAGGGUAACCCCGGGGAGCCAGGCCAACCCGGCCGCGCCGGUCUGCCAGGUCUGGAUGGACAGCCAGGGCCACCAGGACCCCCUGGUCAGGAUGGACUGCCGGGACUGCCAGGUCCUAAGGGUGACAUAGGCGUGAUGGGAUUCCCUGGGGAGCCAGGUCGUGAUGGUAACCCAGGAAGAGAAGGUUUGCCAGGUCUUAAGGGAGAUCCAGGUUUACCUGGACUGUCUGGGGCACCAGGUCAAGAUGGAUUCCCAGGAGCUAAGGGUGACCCUGGUCUGCCAGGAUUGCCGGGUCCUAAGGGUGACCCAGGUCGAAGCGGAGAGAAGGGCUUACCUGGUGAGCCAGGGCGACCAGGCUUAGAUGGGCGACCAGGAGAACCAGGAUUGCCAGGUCUGCCAGGCUUGGCCGGUGUAAAGGGAGACCCAGGUCUGCCAGGUGUUGGAUUUGACGGACCCAGGGGCCAACCAGGUGAAAGUGGACCCCCAGGAUUGAACGGAUUGCCAGGACCAGCAGGACCAAAAGGAGAACCAGGUGUGCCAGGUUUCCCAGGUGGACCUGGGCUUAAGGGUCUUGAUGGAAGACCAGGAGAGCCUGGACGCCCUGGGCAGGAUGGCUUCCCUGGAAUGAAAGGUAACAGAGGUUUACCUGGCCCUAGUGGCUUACCUGGCUUCAAGGGAGAGCCUGGCUUACCUGGUCUACCUGGAUUAGCUGGUGCAAAGGGUGACCCAGGAUUUUUCCGGUCGCCCAGGAGAAAAUGGACCCAUGGGACCGAAGGGUAACCCAGGCUGCCAGGCCUUCCUGGACAAGAUGGUUUACCUGGAAGGAAAGGAGAGACAGGUUUCCCAGGCCCUGCAGGACGCCCUGGUCUAUCUGGCCUGAAGGGUGACCCCGGUUUGUCUGGGCUGCCGGGUACUCCAGGUGAGAAGGGCUUACCUGGCCUACCAGGCUUAGACGGUCAACCUGGAUUACCUGGAGACAAAGGAGAUAGAGGUCUGCCAGGUCUACCUGGUCCUCAGGGUCCACCUGGGCGCUCCACCGUUGGCAGUAAGGGUGAGCCGGGUGUUUCAGGACGACCAGGAUUGGACGGUCUGCCAGGACCCAAAGGAGAACCGGGACGGCCAGGUUUAGACGGCUUACCUGGGAUGAAGGGAGAGCCGGGACAGUCUCUCUUCAACGGCCCUAAGGGAGAUAAGGGAGAAUCUGGUUUCCCAGGAGCACCAGGCCCACGGGGUAAUGAUGGUGGCCCUGGACAGAACGGUCUGCCUGGGUUAGCUGGUGCUAAAGGUGAGCCGGGCUUACCUGGCCUGCCCGGCUUUGAAGGACGCCCAGGACCACAGGGACCCCCAGGAUUGCCAGGUAGAGAAGGACUGCCGGGCUCCUCAGGGCCUAAGGGUGAUCGUGGUGACUCUGGACCCCCAGGACUACCAGGUGUGAGAGGAAGUAAGGGAGAGUCUGGUUUGCCUGGCCUACCUGGACCAGAGGGACGUAAAGGUGACCCUGGUCUACCUGGAUUACCUGGCCUGAAGGGUGAGCCAGCCAGGUAUGAGUGUCUGCGAGCCCCCAAGGGAGAUAAGGGUGAGCGUGGUCCCCCAGGAGAGCGCUGUCUGCCAGGUCCUAAGGGACAGCCAGGUCUACCUGGUCUCCCAGGUCAGAAGGGCUUACCAGGUCUGAGAGGAGAGGAUGGUUUACCUGGUCCUCCAGGUGAACCUGGUUUACCUGGUGAUAUUGGUCUACAAGGUCCCCCUGGCCAGGAUGGUCUCCCAGGUCCUCGUGGUCCCCCUGGCCCCUCAGGUCUGCCUGGUGUCCCUGGAGCCGUCCCACCCACAGGCUUCCUGCUGGUGAGACACAGUCAGACGCCAGAGCUCCCAUCAUGUCCACGAGGUCUCGUCAAACUGUGGGAUGGCUACAGUUUGCUCUACAUCGAAGGCAACGAGAAAUCCCACCACCAGGAUUUGGGUUGGGCCGGAUCCUGUAUGUCAAGGUUCAGCACCAUGCCAUUCCUUUUCUGUAACUUCAACAACGUUUGUAAUUACGCCAGUCGCAAUGACAAAUCUUAUUGGCUGUCUACCAAUGCUCCAAUUCCCAUGAUGCCCGUCGGAGCGGAGGAAAUCCGUCCCUACAUCAGUCGUUGUGUCGUCUGUGAUGCACCUUCAAACAUUAUCGCAGUUCACAGUCAGUCGCUACAAAUUCCAGACUGUCCGAAUGGCUGGUCAGGACUCUGGAUUGGUUACAGUUUCGCCAUGCACACUGGAGCAGGAGCAGGAGGUGGAGGCCAAUCCUUGUCCAGCCCUGGCAGCUGUCUAGAGGACUUCCGCGCCACGCCGUUUAUUGAGUGUAACGGAGCCCGAGGAACCUGCCACUAUUUCGCCAACAAAUACAGUUUCUGGCUGACAACAGUAGAAUAUAACCAACAGUUUGGUGACCCGCGUCCAGAGACACUUAAAGCAGGCAAUUUGAGGACGCGUGUCAGUCGCUGUCAAGUCUGCUCCAGAAAUGUACGUUAAGAGGAGACAAUUCAACUGGUUUUAGAGUUAAUAAUAAAUACAUAAAUGUUUACUUCGGUCUCAUAGUGUCAAAACAGGUAACAGGACUUCUGCUUCAAUCACCAAAUGCACUUUGGACACACUGGACUGUAUAUUUCAAGCUGUGGAGGUCAAACUAACCUUUCACUUUGCUGUAAAUUACCGUACACUGUUCCUUUGAUAUUUACAUGUUGUUUACAUGACAUAAGCAAAUCAUGAUAUUAUUAUAAGUGGGGUUUUUUUUUGUGUGUGUAUCUCUAUAAAUAACGGCAUUUUCACUGAAAUGUGCCUUAAAACUGACUAUUGGUGCUAAAAAGUAUGUAGUUUAAAUAUCGGUAUUAUAGGUAGAAUAUUUUGUUAUAUACCUGUUUUUAGUGAAGAAUUUGUACUGCUCAUUUGUUAGAGGGUGUAACCAUAGUGAUUAAUCCAGAACAGCAGCAUCCCUGGAUUUUUUUGUCUGUUAAUCUACAUGGCGAACAUGUUCCCUACACAAAAUGGCCGCCAUGCCACACAGCAUGCCCUUGUGAGUCCGUAAGAUGACUCGCCUCAUUCUGGAUGUACAGUAAUGAUAUGCGUGAAUCACAGCGACAGCAUCACUGUGAUCUGUAUAAUUAACACUGCCAAAUAUUUUACACAAAAUGUGUCUCAACUCACAUAUUUCUUUGUUUUUUUGUUUUUCCCUCCUUUGUGUUUUUUUUCCUUUCUGUAUUUUUUUUUUCUGUAUUUUUCCUGUGUUGUGUAUUUUCUUUGUCUCGUUCAGUAGGAGGAAGUCUCUAUCAGGCCCUGGUUUCAUGUCCUGCCGGCCACACCCUCUUUCUCAAUAUGAUAAUGUGAUGUGUAAUAAUAAAACAAAACAUGCUCAUUUCUCCA